UGAUCAGCUUUCCUGCUCUCUUUAUAGGGCUGCAGUGUAGCAGCAGCACCUAGAGCAAGAGGGGUGCCCAUGAGCUCUAUGCCGUGCUGCAGGCAGCCCUGCUGCUCCCUGCUGGGGUGUGGAGAAGAGCCCCCUGGGGCCACAGAGCUGCUGGGAGUGGGCUGGGCUGGGGCAGAGAUGGGGAGCACAGGGAGUGAGGGGACUGCAUGCUCCCCCACUGCGCGCUGCUUCCUGUGCCUCCCAGCACAGCCUGUGCUGGGUGACAUGCUCCCAGAAUUCAUCAAGCACGGCCGCGAGAGGAUAGGACAAACCAUCAAGGCGUCCGGCUCCAGGCUCUGCUCAUAUGCUGAACGAGUUGCUAUUUUAAUGGAUCGUUCCCGGACCUCAGACAGCAGUGCCCAGCCUCCAACACCAACUGACAACAUCAACCUUGGACCUUCUGCUAACCCAAAUGCCAAGCCAACAGACUUUGACUUCCUGAAGGUUAUUGGCAAAGGAAGCUUUGGAAAAGUUCUCCUGGCCAAACGCAAGUGCGAUGGGACCUUUUAUGCUGUGAAAGUCUUGCAUAAGAAAACCAUCCUAAAGAAGAAGGAGCAAAACCACAUCAUGGCAGAACGCAAUGUGCUUCUGAAAAAUGUCAAGCACCCCUUCCUUGUGGGCCUCCAUUACUCCUUCCAGACCUCGGAGAAGCUUUACUUUGUGCUCGAUUAUGUAAAUGGAGGAGAGCUAUUCUUCCACUUGCAAAGAGAGCGCUGUUUCCGUGAACCCCGUGCAAGAUUCUAUGCUGCAGAAGUUGCUAGUGCAAUUGGUUACCUGCAUUCCUUAAACAUCAUCUAUAGGGAUUUAAAACCCGAGAACAUCCUCCUGGAUUGCCAGGGACAUGUGGUGUUGACAGAUUUUGGACUCUGCAAGGAAGGAAUGGAGGAAGAGGAGACUACCUCUACGUUUUGUGGCACUCCUGAGUACUUAGCUCCUGAGGUGCUAAAGAAGCAGCCAUAUGACAGAACAGUAGACUGGUGGUGCCUGGGAGCUGUUCUCUAUGAGAUGCUUUUUGGACUGCCUCCCUUUUAUAGCCGGGAUGUGUCUCAGAUGUAUGACAACAUUCUCCACAAGCAACUCCAGAUCCAAGGAAGCAAGACUGUGGCAGCCUGUGAUAUCCUCCAUGGACUUCUCCACAAGGACCAGAAGAGGAGGCUGGGUGCCAAAACAGACUUUCUUGAGAUAAAGAACCAUGUAUUCUUCAGCCCAAUAAACUGGGAUGACUUGUACCACAAGAGGAUUACCCCUCCGUUCAACCCUAAUGUGGCUGGUCCAGCUGAUCUGCGGCACUUUGACCCAGAGUUCACCCAGGAAGCGAUCUCUGCCUCCAUCACCCACACACCCGACUUAGCAGCCAGCAGCUCCAGUGCCUCAGAUGCAUUUUUAGGAUUUUCUUAUGCACCAACUGAAGAGGACUUCUAGAUUUUAUAAAGGCUCUGAGAAGCCAGAUUUUAACUGAAUGGAUUUUUAUGUUUGCUGUUAUUGCUGUGGCUUUUCUUGUUUCAGUUUUUGAAAGGAAUAGUAAUGUCAUUUGCUCAUGGUUUAAGGAAAUUGGGACUAAUUCACUAACUGGUUAGGAUGGAACAGAGCUCUUAACUUGUGCUGUUUGGUAGAUUUGCCUCUAAAUGCGUGUUCCUCUAACGGGGAAAGUGAGACACUGAUAAGAAUUAUCACUAUUAUUUUCCCCUGGGUGUCUUGUACUGCUUGGUAGGAUUGUAUUCACUGUGCUUGUAUUUAUGGCUAAGGUAUAUGUACCAUCACUCACAUCACAGCCGCAUCUCUGUAACAGGUGAUUUCUAUGGUGUGGAGCUAAUGCUGCCCAGCAUGUCUGACUGCUUUGGCUUCCCCAUAACAAAGGGAAACUCUUCACACCACAGCAGUGGGCAGAUCAGUGGCUUCUUCCUUUUAAGUGGGAUGUGCUCAUCUGAAGGGCUAGGCUGGAGUUAAACUGGGGUAGUGCAGCAAGCCUUGGGCCUAUGGCUAUUAAAAAUGCUCAUAGCUGCAGAGGUUCCCCUGUUCCUGCCUGCCUGUGCUUGAUGAAUUUCAGUACUUCAGAAAGGUGGAGGUCAAUGGAUCCCCCUGAAGAAGCAGAGCUGCCUUGGAGGAAGGGGUGAGCACUGCUGGUGGUGGGGGGGGGGAAGCCAUUUCCUCAUCCUGGGCUGAGCCUGUUUGUCAGUUAUUGCUGACAGGUCUGUAGGUCCUGAAGUGUGCUGUGACCUCUCCUCCGAGCAUGUCGUUUCCUGAGCUGAGUGGAUUACCUGCUCUUAUUCUGAUGCAGGAAGGGUAUGCUGUGUGUUUAAAAAAACAAAACGUGUUUUAAAGAAAAACAAAUACCAGUUAAAAAUGGGUGGGGAAGGGGCUGGGUUGCUUGGCAAAAUAAAGAUUGUGGAGGGUGGGAAUUCUUUCACAGCAUGUGCUUGACUUGUCUGAGGAACACCAACACGUGGUGCGGAGCCCCAGGAGCUCAGGGUGGGGGGACAGACCCCACACGUGUGGUUGGGGGGGAGCUGCUCCUCAGCACGACGGCAGCAGAAGCCUCCCUGUGCCCGCGCUGCUCUGACGAUGCCUGUCACCAAUGUAGAAACGUUGUUUUUUCUGCCUUAAUUUAAAUACUGGUGUACUUAUUGAAUGCCACCUCGCCCUUUCUUUCCUUGAGUCCUUUUGAGGAGGAGAAGGGGAUGAGUGAUGUUCACGCUGUGGGAAGCUUGUACGGGAACACUGUAUCUUGUAUGUACAGGAGUCACCAGAACUACGGCACGGUUUCUAUUAAAGCGCGUACCCCGC